CAAAUUUAAGAAUGUAAGUAAAGUUAUAUAAAUAUAAAUUUCUGUAUGUACGUAGAAAUGUCCAAAAUUUGAAGAAAUGUCAUUUGUAUUUUGAUGUAUUUGUAAGAAUUCUGUGAAAAAACAGAACAUAAAAGGUUCAGAUUAAGGAAACAAUAACUAGACAAACUAGAAAUUUCUCUCAAGGUCAUGAAAACACUUUUAAAAUCCCAGAACAAUGGAUGAGAUGAAAAAUAAAUGUUUGAAGGAAGUUUAGCAGUGUAAUUCGGCAGUUGUUAUUUGAUGUAUCGCAGACAUUUGAAAAUGGUCCUCGUCAAAGACGUGGAAGCUAAUAGAUCAACAAGUGAAUUUGUACAACGAGUUGCUGCUAUUCCAGUAGUGUACUUGGCAUGGAAUAUUGCUACUGAAGCAUACAGGAAUGUUAAAUACUCCAAUAAAUUUUUUAAAGUGUCUCUAGCCACUACAGAAAAAGCUGCUUGCUUCGUUUCAAAACCAGUUUUCAGGAAAUUUGAAAAGCAGUUGAAAGCAGCUGAUCAGCUAGCUUGUAAAGGAUUAGAUACUUUGCAAGGUAUAGUUCCAAGUAUUAUUCAUCAACAAGAGAAGUUAUAUAGGCAGACAAAGGAUAUUUAUGAAGAAACAGUUGAGAGUGGUCUGAAAAAAUAUGAAAUGGUUAAAAAGCUUGGUGCAUCAAAAGCUGCCCAGUUGAUAAAUGAGAGUUCACAGAAAUUUUCCGAAUUUCUUGCAUCCCCUUAUGGGGAAGUUUGUGAAAUAGCAAUGGAUUUUGUUUUUGAUGCAGGGGAAUUAUAUGUUGAUUAUUAUUUACCUCCUCUUGGAGAUGAAAGACCAGAGAAAUUAUUUGGUGACAGGGGAAAAGAACCUGUUUGGAAAAGAGCAGAAUUAUUAAGAAAUCGAUUCAAAGAAAGAUUAUACAAGCAUUCUUUACUCGAAAUACAAAGGUUUCGUCUUAAGACUAAAACUUUCAUAGCUAGCAUAUAUCAUUUUAAUAUGUACGAAUAUCUGGUGGAAAUUUAUCCUAGAAUACCUUCAGCAGUUUUCAACACAGUCAUUCAUAUUUUUUCAAGUCUAGAAGAAGUUUUAAUUUACCUUGCUUCAUUGGUUGCUUCACAAAGGAAGAAAAAGAACAAAUGUAUAGUAUAAG